AUGACAAUAGUAGAUUUGGCUUCAUCAUUGAAUGAUUCUUAUUUCAUUCCCCAUCAUUGUGUUGUGAAGCCGGAUAGUUCGUCUACGAAACUGAGAGUCGUCUUUGAUGCUUCAGCCAAGGUUAUGGAUAAUCCUUCCUUAAACGACUGCCUUCUUACAGGACCGAAGCUACAAGCUGAUAUCGUGACCAUCCUCUUGCGCUUUCGCACUCAUAAGUAUGUUUUCACAGCCGACAUUCGGCAAAUGUACCGUCAGAUCUUGGUUGACCCUGUUCACCGUAAGUAUCAGCGGAUUCUAUGGCGGUUCAGUCCAUCAGAUCCGGUUGAAUGCUAUGAACUCAACACGGUCACGUAUGGAGUUUCUUCGGCGCCUUUUCUGGCCCUUCGAACAUUGCAUAAAUUAGCAGAUGAUGAAGAAACAUCUUUUUCCCUGGCAGCUAGAAUCCUUCGUGAUGACGUAUAUGUAGAUGACGUAGUGUCGGGAUCUGAUGAUCUCCAAGGUUCCAUCAACCUCAGGGAUGAUCUGAUUGCUCUAUUGGGUAGGGGUGGAUUCGAGUUGAGAAAGUGGUCAAGUAAUAAUCCAUGUAUUCUUGAAGGUAUUCCAGAUGACCAUCAGUUGUCACAAUCCUUUUCCUUCGAUGAGGGCGAUUUUGUCAAAAUUCUGGGUUUGAGAUGGAAUCCUUGCUCAGACUGUUUUUCAUUUGCCGUUACAGGAAUAGAAAAUAGUUGUACGAAACGGAGUAUUCUUUCACAACUUGCACGCAUCUAUGAUCCAUUGGGAUUUCUAACACCCUUCACAUUUCUUAUGAAAUAUUUUAUUCAGCUGCUCUGGGUUCAGGGACUGCAGUGGGAUCAGGUUCCUUCAUCGGAAUUUGUCGAUCAUUGGAGUCAGUGCAGGUCCGAAUUGUCUGAUCUGCAGGAGUUACAAAUUUCGCGACGUCUAAGUCUUAGUUCAAGGGUGAGAUGUGAACUACACGGAUUUGGUGAUACAAGCGAGAGAGGAUAUGCUGCAGUGGCCUACUUCCGAUUUUUAAACACUGCAGGAGAGGUCUCGAUUUCUUUCAUUUGCGCCAAGUCUAAAGUUGCUCCAGUUAGGCGAAUUUCACUUCCUCGUUUAGAGUUAUGUGCCUCUUUAUUACUGGCCAAAUUAAUUUCUUUCAUCAAAUCCACUUAUUCAUCUAUUAAAAUAGAUGAUAUAUACGCUUGGUCAGAUUCUAAAGUUGCUCUAGCUUGGAUUAAAUCUUCUCCUCAUAAAUGGAAAUCCUUUGUCAGCAAUAGAACGACAAAAAUUCAGGAUUUGGUACCGCCGGAACGUUGGUUUCAUGUGAGGUCUGAAGACAAUCCUGCUGAUUUUGGAUCUAGGGGACUCACGCCAUCAAAACUGGUGAGAUGCACCAUGUGGUGGUCGGGACCAAGUUGGUUGUCCUCACCAGCUCCAUUCAACUUGGAGGUGGAGUUUUCAGGUUCUGAUGAUCCCUUAUGUUCAGCAGAGGCAGGAAAAAUUGCAUUGACAACCUGUAUCGAAACAACCUUGAGGCCUUUCUGGCAGCAUUACGACGAUUUAUUGCCCGUCGCGGUAGGUGUCAGAGAAUUUUUAGUGACGGAGGUACCAAUUUCCGAGGUGCUCACGGAAUUCUACUCAAUUUGA